UAAACACAUAUGUAUUGUUACUUUUUGAAAGUUUUUACUACAUUAAGAAAUACUUUUUAAACUUUAAUUUGAUGCCAACAGCAUAAGUACAAGUUGCACUAUUGUUACAAUGCGGAUUUGAAAAGUUCAAGAUAAGGUGAAGAACAUUAAAACAAUUCACAAAGUAGAAAAAAAUGGAGUAGAAAAAAAUUUAUAUGAGUGCUUACAUUCCAUUCUCAACAGUAUGGGAGAAAAACAAAUAUUUUUAUCUGCCUCAUUGCAAUGUUAAGCUACAAUCUGCUACAUAAAACACUGCAGCCAUGCUGUGAAGUGCAUUGAAAUUAAAGAAUUUGGAUUGAAAGAAUUUUUAAAAUGAUCUGUUGAAUCAAAUUUACAAUUUUAAAUUGAUUCAACAAAUUGAAAAUUGAAUAAUUAGUUUGACAAUCAUUCAAAGAGUGAAAUUUAAUCUAUUGUUAACUGAUUAAAAAGAAUUAAUGUUAAUUGAGUGUUGAAUGAUUAAUCACACAUCACUAUCUACUGGUGGCUGAAUGAAUAAAAACCAUUAAAUGCUGGUAGUUGAUCAUGGGUUUGUGCCUCAUCAACAAGCUGGUCUUGUGGAGGUUUUUUAGGUUUUCUUCACAUAUCUAAUAGAAAAAGUAGGAUUAGUUCUCAUAGAAAGUCAUCCUGAGAAGUAUAGUAAUGCUCUCCAGAUUUCCCUAAAGUUGCAUUGCCUUAUUCCAUCAAAUCUAAUAGUUUUUACUUCAUUUUAAAAAAUUUUUAAUGCCAUAAUUUUGUAGCAGAAAAUAUGAAUAUAAACAUUUUUAUUUUUGUUUAGUUCUGUUUAUGAAUUAUCAAGUGAAGCAAAGUGUAUCAAAUUCCUUUUUACAACAGUUUGUAUAAAACUAAUAUUUAUUAUGAUCAGUUGUCAAAUUAUCAAAGAUAGAAAAAUAUAAAUGAUAAAGACUAUUUUCAACUUUGCAAAAUAGAGUAGUGAAAGUGCCUCUCUGUUCUCUGUCUUCUCAAUCACAUUUCUUGAGUAAGCAGGGCUGAGAUGUUCAAAAUGUACUAUAGGUUCCUAGGAAAUACACAUCCACACUCAACUCAAUUCAGUAUAUUACAGAAAAUAUACAGUUUAUCACAGCACCAUAUUGUACUGAAUGAUACACUAAUAAAUAAGGAUAAACUGGAAUAAUAGGAGAUCGAAUGUCUCCUCAAUAAUUUCUGGACUGUGGAUAGACUUUACAUCUGAUCUCAGACCUCACCUGUACCUGAGUGUUCUUUCUGGAGGGGUGCAUUUGUUUAUAGUGGUUGCUCUGCAUCUCCACAAUUACUGGAGUGCUGCCGUUUGUAGGCAUUUAGGAACGACAGUGAAAAAAAAAAAGAUGGCGGCACCCAUACUAUCGAUAGUAUUGCCAUUGAGGGAUCUACAAUUUUAAAAUAUGCAUUUUUGGAAACAAAAGAAGUGUCCCAAUUGUAAAAUUUAACUUUUUUAAAUUUAAAAAUUUUAAAAAGAGGGCGCUAAACGGCUUAGUCAAUGGAUGCAGGAAAAUUUUGCUCUGUAUUCGAAUUGAGUUUUUGCUAAAAUUUUUACUUUAAGCUCUAAGUGUUAUAUAUUUCUGGAUAGCAUUUUCCGUGUGGAUUAAGAAUCUGUUAAGUUUUUCAACGUACGACAAUUUUUCGUGAAGUUAUUAGUUUUUGAAAACUGAAUACUUUUAAAAUUUUCAACAUUCUUCUACAACGACUGUCGCCAUAGUAACGGUCCAUAGAAGAUUCCAGAAUUUUUACCGGAAGUCUGAUGGCUAUUGAAGAAUUUCUGGAGGAAUCUGAGGAAGCCAUUGAGGAUUUAAAGAGAUAUUUCCGUAAUAACCCAAAAGGGCGAUUGGGUACCGAGGAACAUAUUAGAUUUAUUACAGAUAAAUUUAUUACCUUAGUGAAGAGCGCCGAAGAGGUAAUUAGGAAAAAUUCCAUAUCAGAUUUCCUGCUUCAGAAAUUUGAUUUGUUGGCAACGAAAGAGGAUGUCAAACAGCUGCUUGUUGCUCAGAGUGACAAAAAUUUAGAGGCUAUUCAGGAAGUGAAACAGACUAUUUGUGACUUAGAAAAACCUCCACUUUUAGGGGUGGAAGGUUCUCAAGGGACUACUGCUCUGUCAUAUAGAGAUAUUUUACAACGCGAUCUUAAUUCUUUGAAGAAUACACAGUCUGAAAAGGAGUCCUCGUUACCAACAUACACUGUUCUAGUUUACAAUGAUAAUAAAGAGAGCACAUCGGAAGAGACUAAGACACUGCUCACUAAUUCUUUUGAUCAAAGAUUGCAUAAGGUGCCUGUCAAGCGUAUUCGUAAGAUUAACAAGGGUGGAAUUGCUGUUGAUUUUCCUAUCAGAGAGGAGGCUGAAUACUUUCAGGAACAAUUAGACAAAAUAGAAGGAUUAAAGGCACGAAACGCAAGACGGCGUCUUCCUCUUAUGAAAGUGACUUCAGUCCCGAACUCAGUUACCAAAGAGGACCUACUAGAAUACCUGCUUGAACAGAAUAUUUUUUCACAGAAGUACACGAUGGAGGAGUUUAAAAAGGUUUUAAACAUUCGAUUUUCAAUCAAACAGAGAAAUGACGAGUUUUUAUCGUGGGUAUUAGAGAUGUCACCGGAGGUUAGGGCAAUGACUAAAAAACAAGGAUAUUUUUAUGUUCAGUGGAAAACGUGCAAGGUUUAUGAUUUUUUCCCUGUACGACAGUGCUACAAAUGUCUUGCUUUUGGACAUUUGGCGGCAAGUUGCCCAUCACCGAAGAAAGUUUGUAGCCAUUGUGGUGAUGAUCAUUUGUUUAAGACAUGUACAAAGAAAAGUGAAAAGCCUAAAUGUGCUAAUUGUUUGAGGAGUGGCCUAGAUAAACAUGAACAUAACACACUGGAUAAGGAGUGUCCACUCUACAUUAAAGCAAAAGCCUUAUAUAUUAAGACAGCUGACUACUUACCUUAAUAAUUAUGGAAUCCUUUACAGGACACAAAUUGUUUAAUUCAUAGUGCUACCUCUGCUCCUUAGCACAACAACUAAUACAAGCAGAUCAUCACUUCUCUAUAUACAUUUGUGUUUGCUGACUGUAAGAAAUAUGUAAGCUUCAUCAUCUUUCUCUGUUUUUGGGUUUAAAGUGUUGGAAUUGAUACUUACAAUUACUAGCUGUGUGGACUUUGUUUUUUUUUUUUUACUUGUAUGCAUAUUAUAUAUGGACUCAUGGGAUUCUCAAAUCUUUGUCUUACAAAUUUUCUGCACGGGAUAAAUUCUGUUAAACACUUUGUCAGAAUUAUUGUAUUUACUGCGACCUUCAUUUGCGAAAAUAUUCCUGCAGAUAAGUAAUCUGUUAUAUGCUGCAGCAAGCUGCUGCAUAUUUUGUUCGGGUCUUUUAUUGUCAUUGUGUUUUUAUUUUUAUUUAUUUAUUUUUUUUUUUAAUUUUUCUUUUCACUUUGCUUUGUUCAUUAGUGCAUACUGUAACUCGGUGGAACUAUUUAACGGAUAUGUUCCUGUAAUGCUCACUGCGGGGCAGGACUUUGUACCUUGUUUUAAAUGUACAAUUAAACUAAUGAAUGAAUGAAUGAAUGUAAAAUUUAACUGUAAAAUGAAUUAUCUUGCUGACAGAUCAUUCAAAGUAGCAUGAAAAAAAAAUUAGAAUGCCAACUACCAUUUGAAAAAAUUCAAGAAGACAUUUACAUCACUGCGUGCACUAACUUUUGCUUUCACAACUUCUAAAUUUUCCUUCAUAAAAUCACAUAAUAGACCCUGAAAUGAAACUGUCUGAGCCAUGGAGGAUGCCAUGUUAUUUUCCAUCAUAAACUACUACUAUACAGUGACCGUUUUUGCUGUUUGACAGCGUCCACUCUGGCUGGAAUAUAGGAAUGCGUUCUGCAGGAAUUUUUAAACAUGCCACUCGCUCAGAGUUAUGUGGAGAAAUAAAAGAAUGCACCCGAGAAGUGUAACUUCUCUUUCUGUCCUCAGUAGGCUUGCUGAAUAUCUGAGGUCUAAGUGAUAUCAGCUGCAAGCCUUACUCUCCAUACUUUCUCCAAUCUCUCCCCAAAUUUAAAUGUUUCUUGGGAGCCAACUUCUGACCAAUCAGAAAGAUGUGUAAAGCUUUCUUUUACAUUUGCACUACCUGAAUGUGGCUGAUCAUCUUUCUGUGUGUUUACUUGUUUAAUUGUAGCUGUUUUCAUGCUGCUGUAAAUGGUUUUAUGACCAGAUUGCACCUGGGUCAAAUUUAACAAACCACAAGAUUGCUUUGUUUUACUCUUCUCUUUCAAAUUAAUAUUUUACAACAGUUAAUAUUUUGUGAACUAGAUAACAUUUGAAAGAUUGUCAAUAUAACUUAUUUUAAUACAAAUAAGAAUAAAAAUUUGGUAUUCCAGAUAUUUAAAAUUUUCUAGUAUCAAGAAUUAUAAAACAUAAUUUAUUCCUAAUUUUCCAAAAAUUUUGUGGAAAGUUAAGAAUACUCUGAGCAAUUUUUGGAUAUACAGUACAGGUAUACUUUGCCUUACGUCAGUAAUUGGUUCCAGGAGAAGCAACAUAAGUCGAAUUUACUUGUCUCCGAAUCUACUUGUCACUAGGCUAAACCAUAAAUUACCAU